UUUUCUUGUCAGUGUGAAGUAAAAACUUGUGUAUGUUCGCCGGCUGCUUGGUAAAUACCGAAAUACGGCUUUGUUAGCUGUGACCCCGAUACCUUACGAUCACGUGACUAAGCAGACGAUACAAGCACCCAGACGACAUAACACCGCGAGACUGUGGGAACAUGCGAGUACUGGACGCUACUUACAGACGAUAAAUCAUGUCUCAAAUAAACCAAUUGGUGUUUUUCGUGAUUGUCUUCACCCUGAUGGUAUUUCUUUCGGAGUUUAUCGAAGGCAGAGGGAUUUUACGCCGAAAACACAAGAAAAAACAAGCAGGGAGUUCGGAUGAUUCUGUUGAGAUAUAUUUUAAACGAACGUCGUCGGAUAACACUGAAGUCAUCUGCCACGGUUCAGGAUGUAAACGUGCGGAAGAGCAACGACGUCGCCAUCACCAUGGAAAACCGAAAAAUAUGAAUAAAAAGAAACACGGAAAGAACAAAAAGAAGAGGAGAAGAAAGAACCGACAACGCAAGGAAAAAUCCAAGAUGGCCGCCGUAUCACUGGAAGACAUGUUUCAAUCAGAGGACGUAUUAGCGGAUCACCAUGAACGAGCGUCAUACGACCAGUACUAUGCCGGGUUUGGUAGGGGUUUCGACCGUCUACAAAGGCCACCUGAAGCUGACAGACUGGAACGACGACUCCACCCCAGCAUGGGGACUUCUACCCAUCACCUCGUGUCCUCCAUCGACCGGGUCAUUAUGGCCUUGAAGUCGAACAUUCAACAGAUGCAUGACACCUACGACUUCGCCUUCAACAGUACACGCUAUACUAUCAUGAUGGGCGUGAGGCACGAACUCCAGAACAUUGCUAAGGCAAAUGACAUGGUGUAUGAUGUCGUCAUGGAUAUAUCCCUCCUCACGAAAGACAUAUACAUGCGUGCGCAUAAGCGGGGAGAUACCCGACCAAGGACGUACCGAAAACAAGAAAUGCCAAAAUUCAAGUCUUUUAGACAGGAUUUGGAUUCGGUGCAGAACGCUCAGCGACUGUCUAAAGUCCAAUUUGAUCAGGCUCAACAUAUGGUCGACGAGUGUGAGAAGCAGACCUCCUACGUGCUGCAGUUGGAGGAGAUCCUAGCUGACAACACCAACGAGCGAGAGCUGGCCGACCUGGUCCGCCAUGUCAACAUGACGGUCUGGAAGCUUCAGGCCGAGUUCGAUACCGCCAUGGUGGCAAGGAAGCUUGGCAGGUUCUCGCUGACAAAUGGGGCGACGGCUAGAGACGACAUCAUAGUGGCGUCCAACUUGGUCAGGAAGGCAAAAGAAGAGCUGAGAGUGGCGGCUGCCACGUCAAGGGGUAACAGGAUUGCUGCUGGAGAUCUGAAAAGACAGAGGGGUGGAGGCAUAAAUCCUUUGGCGCCCGUGUCAUUUACCGACAGGAGACCACACCGAAGGUCAAGGUCAAGGCCGAGAAGAGCAUCCACCACAUACAUCACUGCCGCAGAAAGGGAUCGACUUCGACCAAUCAUUAACCGAGCUGUCAGUUAUGCCAAUAAGUUGGAACGGCAAGCGAACAACAUCGCCAGGUUGAUGAACCCGUUGAUAAGACAGGCCAAGAAUGUUGGGCGGGGAGGAGGGGGCGUGCCAUAUCGCCUGCAGGCGUCCCUACUGGCAGAUAGACUCAUCGCACAUGUAAAGCAAAUCCACACUGUGUUAGAUGGCAUACGAUUAGCUAUCAAUGACGAAGACGAACUACGCCGACGCUGCGAGGAGCUUGAAAUGGGUUCAGGCGAUGACAGUGACGUCACCCCCAUCGACUGUGACGACUACGUCGACGUGGGGAGUGCACUCGAAACAGCUUUUACGUCAACCGACCCGGAUGGUUCAGAUUUUGUAUUUGACGAAGACAAACUUCCCAAAAGAAUACCAGACAAGGCUUUGAAAAACUUUGGUGAUAAGUUGCGGGUGCAUAUUGUUCAACUGGGUCAAAAAGGGGACGUUACUCUCAUCAAAUCACAAGUGGCAAGGAACAAAUCAAGAGCCUUUUCUACAAGGUGGAAUGUUGCUCAGGUCAAUCUCCAAUCCACAAGGAGAUUUGUGGACGAUGCCAAGCAGUUUCUGUCUGAUUGGGACAGAGAAAGGCCAAACAUUGAUCGGAUUUCGGAACGGAUAAAAGAUGUUCACGACAGGGUGGACCUGGUCUACAAUAUGACCCAGAGCAAGACAUUCCAGGCUGUGCUGAAAGCGGAACGAAAAGUGGCAGAGGUCAAGGGUGGCGGGGGGUCAGGUGACGCCAGUAAUCGGGGAAGCGGAGGAAGUGGUGGAAGUGAAAGCCAAGAUUUUGCUGCAGCCAUUGAAGCCACGGGUAAAGCACAAACCAACAUGCGGUCCAUGCUGACCUUAACCCGGCUGAGCCCAUCAAUGGUGGCCGGAGUGGAUCUGACUGUCGGCCAGAUACAAGCCAACAUCUCUAGUCUCAGGAACAAGGUGGAGAAGGCGAGGAUGAUGCUCGCGUCUAUACAGAUGAGCAUCAACAAGCAAGACGAGGAUUAUCUCCCCCUGCCCCUUGCGGCUUCUGACGACUCUCUGACCCUGCGCACAUCUGUCGAAGUUUGUAUCAGACCGGAAGUUGCCGACGGACCAAUCCUGUUGUUGUCUGGGAACAAUUCGGAGUCGUACGGCCUCAGCAUGUCGAGCAACUCCUUGAAGAUGACCGUCUACGACAAGGAGGGCUAUGAGACCGGCGACGUCGACAGCACGAUUUCCCUCGAGAAGGACAAGUGGUAUAACGUGCUGAUACAGAGGAAUGGUCAGAAUGUGGCACUGAUGGUUCGGUCUGAAGGAAGUGACGACCCCGACGUUGUGGAAGACAGCAUGGACAUGUCGUACGGUCAACCUCCGCCUCUAGCCGCCUACGUGGGAGGUGCACCUGACACUGUGCCCAUGUCUCUGUCCAGUGACGUGUGGAAAGGCUGUGUGGGCGGAUUGAGGGUGAACGGUCGUUCGGUGGGCCUCCUACAGAAGACCAGCGACGGUAAAGUGCCAGCUCCAUGCACGUCUAGCUGCUCCCCGUCGCUGCAGCCUCCCUCCAUGGUGUUCGAGGGUGACGGGUACGCCCACUACCCGGUCCACACAGCGCAGCUGAGGUACCCCACCAGAUCCGUCUACUUUGAGUUCAGAACGAGACAGAAGGACGCGUUCCUUAUGACAGUCGUGAAGAGAGGCUUCCAGCUUCGAGCUCAACUACAGGACGGGGCGCUGGUUAUAGAGACUACAACCCCAUCAGAAGCAGUGGUUCUUACAGAAGACAAAAACAAAUAUAGUGAUGGGCUGUUCCACACGCUUAAGAUCGGAUACAGAGACAGCAAGACGUAUCCAGAGAUUGAUGGCAAAGAAGGCCUGUUCUCCAUAGAGCGGACGCGCCCCGAGAGGAUACAGACGCCGACCAAGGGUAUCCUCGUCGGGGGGAUGCUGCCAGAACACCGAGAGAGAAUGGGGAACAGGUUCAGGCCGCUGAUUGGCUGCGUGCGAAAGCUUCAGAUCAAUGACGUCACCAUGACGAUGUCCGAUGUUGAGCGUGCAGAGGGUGUUCACAUCGGCAGCUGCUCUAGUAACAACCCCUUGUUUAGCUGUGUGCAGUUUGUCAAUACCAGCUCGCCUAUCGCCUAUGGAACGACGGAGGAUGCUGCAGCCGUCGUUAUCGUCGCAACACGUGCAAGUCGUGGGCCAAUACUACAGUAUCAGAAGGGAGAUAAGUUCAAUGCCAUUAUUUCGAUGGAAGAAAAUGGAAUCGCCAUUGUAGAGUCUAAGAAAUCCUACGACGGUCAACUGGACUAUGCGAAGAAUGAUCACAAUAUGUUUGUGGUGAUCACAAUAACAGACAAGGACAGCACACUGACAGUGAAGUACUUGGACAAGGAAGCGUCCAUCAGCUAUGGGGGUGGUUGGUUAUUUGGUGGCGGUGACUCCAACACUCCAUACACCGUCACUAUCGGCGGGCAGGACGAGGACGACAGCAUGUCACCAUUCUCUGGAGGCAUUUCUCAGAUGAUUGUUGGAAAACAAUAUCUGGACAUGACGAAAUACAUCACAGACAACGGGCUGACCUCAUGCCCCAGUGCCCACAGAUCGGACCCUGUCUCCGUAGAUGUAAGACGACGUUAGGGUGUACUUAACUCUCCUCAUCACACACAUUUGUAAAUAGUUGUAAGUUAUCAGCUGCCAACUUGUAUCAGCAGAGGGCAUUGCAAGCCGUUGACCGAAGCACAUGAUGAGAUUAACAUAUAUACAUACAGUCAUGAUAUAUAAUCAUACAUAUGUAAACUUUUUCCUUUUCUGAUAACUGUAGUUAUUUCCUGCAUCCACAUUAUAGGAUAUUAUUCAUUAUAAACGACACAAGUUUAGAAAACAUCCCCGUUGUCUCUAACAGGAAACCUCGGAUACCGUUAUAUUUGAUUUGUAGAAAUGUCAUUGUGCUGCUUCUUGGUAAGAACCUGUGAAAAUUCGAACACUCGCAAAUCUCACAAUUGUUCGUGUCGGAGCAUUUAAGGACUCGAAAAAGUGUCCCACCCUUUGAAAAAAACAGGAAUGUUUUUUACAAAACGAAGAACUUCAAACUUGAAUAUCAAAUUAGUUUUUGAAAUUGUCAUUGACCAGGGAAGGCUCCCCACAUACAUCCGAGUGAAAAACAUUUUAAUCCAACUGCCCAACUGUUUGGUUCGAUAAUACUUUACUGUUGUAAAAACGAAGUGACAAUACCACACUAUAUCGAAAUGUGUUCAUUGAAAUACAUGGUGUGGCCCUUGUGUCCUUGUGUGCAUUGGUGUGACGUUUGUAGUGAGAAAUUUCAAUGAUUAUAACAGUUCUUGUCGGCACAGUAUGAAGCUUAAACAACUACUUAAUGGGUGAACACCUGUUGCAAAACAUCAUAUAUCUCACAGUGUUCGUUAUCGUUAUUUUGUCAUUAAGUGCUGUGAUAGAGUUAACUGGACACGAUAUGUGUAUAUAUUGAUUUUCAAAACCAGUAAACGCCCAGAUUAAGGGGUUUAUAAUUAAUUAUGUGUCUUACCAAUUUGCGUUGAAUGCCAGUUAGGUACGCAGGCGUAUACAAAAUACGUCAUGUUUUAUGCAUUGAUAUAUAGAGGUUAUUUCAAGUGUACUCGUGAAAGAAUCUCCUUUCCCCGUCAUUUGAUGUGAUAAACAUGAUAUUUCACGAGACAUGAAAUAUCCUAUUUAUGAUAUCCUAUUGUGUAGUUAUUUACCGGAUUUCAUUAAUACAGUAAAACCUUGAAACAUAAAUUCUCCCUACCUAACACACGGUGACGUUUCACAACCCCUUGUAUUUGCGACUUAAAAGGUAGUUCCGUGUUUGCAAAAUCUUAAAAUAUAUAAACAAAAGUAACAAAAUAUACUUCAGGUCACGAAAGUUCUUAUCAUUUAUUUAGAUAAAAUUACAUACAAAAUCAACUUAAACAAACAAUAUUCUUGAAAUCUACGAAACCGCUGUUGGAAGCGAGAGAAUACACGCUGGUCAAGGAACAAAAGCGCCGCUUUGCGAAACCAAAGACGUAUAUAGUAUAUACUAUAUACGUCUUUGGCGAAACGAACGUCGAUUGACGAGUUAAAAGAGAAAUUUACAGUUUAUAACGAAACAUUUUCAAGAAAAAAACAAACGGCAACAACCGAUAUAACUCCAUAAAUGACCAUCUGUAAUUAUUUUGCCUUGUCAAUGUAGAAGUAACGUAAAAAGGAAGUCAACAUUUGUGUACAGGCUAAACACUGACGAUAAAGGGAGACAAUUUGCGGGCAGGUAACUCUUGUAUGAAAAUAGUUCCGUCAAAGUGUUAUGUUCACUGCAUUUGAAAAUGUCAAGCGUUAUGUUCACUGCAAUGAAAAUAUCACUUUUCUCAACUUCAGAAAAUUCAGUCUUUCACACUAAAAUACAAUACAAUUUGUCAUUGUAAUUUACAUAAAGGUAUUUUUUUCGAAUUUGGGAAAGCAAAAAUCCUGUAGCAACGCCAAAUUAAUUGAUGAUUGUGUUUGCUAAAAUUGUGCUGUGUGAUGAAAUAAUAUUCUACAAUUCUUUUUCAAAAUUAUGUCAUUCUUAAUUACCAUUUUUAAAGUCAGGUUUGAAAGAUCAGUAUGAAAACAAGUAUAAUUAUUUAAUUUUUCCUAUUUUACAUUCCAAUCUUCAGAUGCUAAAACAUGACUCUAAUGAUUCGACUAUGAACAAAAGGCAUCAGAGAUUGGUAUUCUGUUCAUUUCUGUAUUGUAUGUCAAAUAGGAGAUUUUAACCAUCGAUAUAUAUGCAGAGAAUGAAAUCAAAAGAAGACACAUAAACGUGUGGUUUAGUGUAUAAAGUAUUGGCUUGCAAUAAGAUUAUGCAUAAUAUGCAUGCUUGGCUUCGAGCAAACAUUUCUAAGCCUGUUUAUGCAAAACUGACCCCCCAUCAAGGAUGAAAACAAUAUAUAUCAGAUUCGCCUCAUGAGGAUAAUGUUACAUUUAAUAUGUUCUUUUCCCUUAUGCCUGCCCAAAUAAUGACCUUACACAUACAUCCUUAUGGAAACAUUCCCUUUGUUCAUUCCUGAAGCCAAGACCUUGGUAACCAGACCUCAGGAAUAAUGUGUUAGUAUGGAGUGUUUGUUGACGAGAUAUAUAGAGAGAUCAUGUAUGGACAGAGAACCAACAUUGUGAUGGUAUUAUUGAUGCCGUUUGCCCUGUCUGAAGCCUUCAAGUCUGCUGAUCCACAGUUGUUGAGCUACUUAAACUAGAAUAUCUUUAAGAGUCACUCUGUGUUAGAAGCUGCUGUCUCAUAUUGGACAGGAAUUUUAUUCGAGGUGAAAGAAUAAAAAUGUUAAAAUCAUACCGUUGAUCCUGUCUGCCUAGUCUUCAUACUGUCUCCUGCACGAGAGAAAAAUAUGUAAUCUUGUAUGCUAUCUUUUUUUUCACAAAAUAUCUUCUUGAAUAUUCGAUCAGUUUCCAUUACGUGUCUUUUCUAAUAUUUGCAAUUAAUUUCUCGAAUAUACGUAACAAGAAUACUACUUGAAAUUGUAAGAGACUCGUGAAUGUUAAGAAGCACUCUAGAAAAGUCAAGAUAAUUUGGUUACUAUUUAUUUAAUAACACUCUGAUGACAAGGAAAUAAAAAUGUGGUGUUUCGAGAAGGCGUCCUUAAAGAAUUCUACUUGUGUAUCAGCACGUGCGGUGCACGUGUACAUUGAAUCCUUUGGUUAUACUUCGCUGUAAAAGUGCUGCAAAAUUAGCACUAAUAUGAUUGUUAAUAAUAAAAUGUCUCAAUUGGCAAGAAAGUCAAAUUCAUGAAAUCAACUGUACCUACACAGUUUAGUCAAAGUGCUAUUUCCAUGUUUUUUAAAAAAUUGUAUACAAUAUUUUAAUAUUUUACCAAUUUUUAUUCUGCUUAGAUGUUAAUGACAAUUUGAUGUAAAUACUUAUUUGCAAAGAGUCGAAUGUGUGAUCUUUUGUUGUACAUAUGAUGUGCUGAAGUGCAAAUACGUUUCCUAUUUUUGAAAAAUAAAAUAUUUUCUUACUUUAUCGGA